AUGGCAACACGAAUCUCAAGAAGUGUUGAUUUGAAGAAGGAAAAGCGUAAAGAAUGCGCCGCGCAAAAAAAAAGUAAAUCAAGUACACCAACACAAAACAAGAUGUUUACAUCAAAGGAUAAGAAAACGAAAGCAAUGAAAGUAAUAAAAGCGAGUACUGUAGCCAUUGGCUCAGUCAACGAUUUAUUGCAAUCGACAAAAACGACAGGAGCAAAAUUCGCUUCCACUUCUUCUGCAACAACAUCUGCUUCCAUAGCUAAACGGUCAGAAGCAGUUAAAAUGACCGCAGUAAAAAUGAAUUCAUCUCCUUCGCUGAUAUCUGGAGAAUUGUCAAAACAUUCGCUAUUAUGGGCGGGUCAAAGGCCAUCAACAACAUCAAUUAAAAAUCGUACAUCAACUCCAAAACCAGGAUUGGGAAUUUAUGAGUCUGGUAAAAGCAAUUAA